UUGUCUUGUGCGGCGAAAUACAAUUCGAGUUGUCGAUUUGUUUUGAUUUAUAAGACAUUUUGGCGCGAUCGUGUUUACAAAGUGUAUGUAAUUUAAAAAAUAACAGUGCUAUUGCAUGUCAACUGCAACAAAGUGGCAAAAUAUUUUAAAAAUCUUAGAGCAAUACAAAUGUUAGUAAAAAAGAUGUUACAAAAAUUUAAAUUUGAGUGAUUAAGGAAAUUAAGUAAAGCAUACAAGUUAGUUAUUUACGUCUUGCAGACCAGUGUUACAAAAAAAAAUACUUUAAAAAUGUGUUAAGUUACAAAAGUUAAGUUGCUUUGGUCAGUCACAUGAUAUCCGGAAUGGGUAGAAAAUGCCAAUUUUUAAAAUGUAAUAAUUUCAAAUAUUAAAAACAAUAACCUAUUGAACAUGUGACGGCGGUUGUGGCUUUCAUGAAAUGACAAUGCUGAACUUUAACUGACAAAAUUUGAUAUUUAACACACUCAAGAGAAAUAACAACAAACAACGCCACACACACACACAAACACUUGUUGGGAGAAGCUUUAGCCUGGCAGGUAGACAGACAGCUAGAUAGAUAGAUAGAGAGAGAGAGAGAGAGUGAGCGAAAUAGAAAGAGAGCGGCUUGGCAUGACAAAACAUUUCAAUUUAAUGCGAGUGACAUUAAACGUGUAUUAAACCAUAUUAAAAUAAUAACACAAUAAACAUCCAUCCAUCCAUUCAUUCAUGCACUCAAACAACCGACCAAAGUAAAGCCCAAACCUAUCAAUCAAUCAAUCACACGAAAAAACCGCAACAAUAAUUCACAACUGCCCUAGUAAAUCCGCUAAAAACUAACCUGUUGACAACUACUAUUGCCAACCAUAAUUCAUCAGACAGGCUGUAGCAAUAACAACAAGAACCACAGUUAGAAUAACAAUAACCACAACUAUAGUAAAUACAUAGCACUACACAGGGGAAUAAUACCUCGCUUACAUACAUACCAUGGAACGUUCAAAGAAGAACAACAGCAGCAGUUGUGAAUUCGCAAAUAAUUUAGCCACAAAUGCAUCAACGACAACCACAGCCACAAAUAAUACCACCACAACAACUCCUUGGAGUAAUAACAAAGAAUCACCUCCAAACGAAGAUGAUUCCAAUGAAGAUGAUACAGAUAAUGCAACACCGGCCAAAGUCACAGAUCCCCUGGCGCCAAAAUUAACCAACAAUGAGCGUGUCUUAGUUGUGUCGGUAACAGAAAGACGACGCGAAACAUGGGGUCAAAAAGCCGAAUUUUUAUUGGCCGUUAUUGGUUUUGCCGUCGAUUUGGGCAAUGUGUGGCGAUUUCCCUACAUCUGUUAUCAGAAUGGUGGUGGAGCUUUUCUGAUACCUUAUUGCAUAAUGUUGAUAUUUGGUGGAUUACCUCUCUUCUAUAUGGAAUUGGCAUUGGGACAGUUUCAUCGUUGCGGAUGCUUAAGCAUUUGGAAGAGAAUAUGCCCAGCUUUAAAAGGUGUGGGCUAUGCAAUCUGCUUAAUAGACAUUUAUAUGGGCAUGUACUAUAAUACAAUUAUUGGAUGGGCUGUUUACUAUCUGUUUGCAUCGUUUACAUCCAAAUUGCCUUGGACGUCGUGUGAUAAUCCAUGGAAUACGGAGGCAUGUAUGCCAGUAACAAAUGCCAACUUCAACGCCAAUCAAACAACACCGGCCAAAGAGUUUUUCGAGCGCAAAGUAUUGGAACAGUACAAAUCAGAUGGCCUGGACUUAAUGGGGCCAGUUAAACCUACAUUGGCUUUAUGCGUUUUCGGUGUAUUUGUUUUGGUUUAUUUCUCCUUGUGGAAGGGUGUUCGUUCCGCUGGCAAAGUGGUUUGGGUUACCGCUUUGGCACCUUAUGUUGUGCUCAUCAUCUUGCUGAUACGUGGCGUUUCAUUGCCUGGCGCCGAUGAGGGUAUUAAAUACUAUUUAACACCGGAAUGGCAUAAAUUGAAAAACUCCAGGGUUUGGAUAGAUGCAGCCUCACAAAUUUUCUUUUCUCUGGGACCCGGUUUUGGUACUCUGCUAGCAUUGUCCAGCUAUAAUAAAUUUCGAAAUAAUUGCUAUCGAGAUGCUUUGAUUACCAGCAGCAUUAAUUGUUUAACCAGUUUCCUGGCAGGUUUUGUUAUAUUCUCAGUAUUAGGUUACAUGGCUCAUGUACAAAAGACCACCAUAGACCGUGUGGGUCUUGAAGGUCCUGGCUUGGUGUUCAUUGUUUAUCCCGAAGCCAUAGCGACAAUGAGCGGUUCUGUCUUUUGGUCCAUCAUCUUCUUUUUGAUGUUAAUAACCUUGGGUCUGGAUUCAACAUUUGGCGGUUUAGAGGCCAUGAUAACCGCCCUUUGCGAUGAAUAUCCUCGUUCCAUAGGCAGGAGGAGAGAAUUAUUUGUAUUGUUACUUUUGGCUGGAAUAUAUUUAUGUGCAUUGCCCACAAUGACUUACGGUGGUGUCUUCUUGGUGAAUUUCCUGAAUGUCUAUGGACCCGGCUUGGCUAUUCUAUUUGUAGUGUUUGUUGAGGCGGCUGGUGUCUUUUGGUUCUAUGGCGUUGAUCGCUUUUCGGCCGAUGUGGAAAUGAUGUUGGGCAAAAGACCAGGAUUGUUUUGGCGAAUCUGUUGGACUUACAUCAGUCCGGUGUUUUUAUUGGCCAUAUUUAUUUUCUCAUUUUUGGGCUAUGAAGAAAUGUUGGGCACUGAAUAUAAAUAUCCUGAGUGGAGCAUAAAAGUCGGUUGGGCGGUGACCUGUUCCUCUGUCAUGUGUAUACCUAUGUAUAUGAUAUAUAAAUUCUUCUUUGCCUCCAAGGGCAAUUGUCGGGAACGCUAUGAGGAAUCAUUUAAAGCACCCACAAACUCUGCGUCUGCCCUACCUGGUCAGCAGGGCACCAAUGUGUGAC